AUGAAAGGGGGAGGAUUUGAAGUGAUUCAACAUGAACAGUUGUGGGAUCAUCAUCAUCAUCAUCACCGCUAUGGUGAUAGUGUGAGUGAAAUGGGAAUUUCUAUUGUUGGUGGUGGUGGUGCGAGCUCUAAUGGCGCGGCGGGGGAGCUAUCCCAGUGGGUGGAGCAUGUCACGCGCCAGCUGAUUGAGGACUUGCCGGAAAGUGAAGAAGUUGCAGCGCCGCCGCCGCCGCGCGGCGAGGCGGUUCAGCCUUCUACUACUGCAGGCUGCCAAGAGAGCAAACGGAGCUCCGGCGACGACGACGAUGAUGGCGGUAUGAGGCUAAUAAGUCUCCUCUUGGAAUGUGCGGUGGCGAUUUCCGUCGAUAAUCUCGGCGAAGCUCACCGGAUGCUCCUUGAGCUAACGCAAAUGGCGUCCCCGUACGGCGCGUCCUGCGCCGAGCGAGUAGUGGCGUAUUUCGCCAACGCCAUGGCGAGUAGAGUCAUCAAUUCAUGGCUGGGAAUCUGCUCGCCAUUGAUAAACCUCAAAACUCUCCAUUCCUCCUUCCAAAUCUUCAACAACGUCUCCCCUUUCAUAAAAUUCGCUCAUUUCACCUCCAACCAGGCCAUCCUCGAGGCGGUUCACGCCCACGCGCGCGUCCACAUCGUCGAUCUCGACAUCAUGCAGGGCCUCCAAUGGCCCGCGCUCUUCCACAUCCUCGCCACGCGCGUGGAUGGCCCACCUCCGCAUCUCAAGAUGACCGGGCUCGGAACCUCCAUGGACCUCCUAGUCGAGACCGGAAAACACCUCUCGAGCUUCGCUAAGCGCCUCGGAUUAUCCUUCGAGUUCCACCCGGUCGGGAAAAAGUUCGGAGAGAUCGACGAUGUCUCCGCGCUGCAAAUCCGGCGAGGAGACGCCGUCGCCGUGCACUGGCUCCACCAUUCCCUCUACGACGCCACCGGGCCGGACUGGAAAACCAUGCGGCUCCUCCGGCAGGUCUCCCCGACCGUGAUAACCCUAGUGGAGCAAGAAAUCGUGCACGGCGGUUCGUUCCUGGACCGGUUCGUCGGCUCGCUCCAUUACUACUCCACCGUGUUCGACUCGCUCGGCGCGCUGCUGCCGAGCGACGACGCGAGCCGGCACACGGUGGAGCACUGCCUUCUCCGGCGGGAGAUUAACAAUAUCCUGGCGAUCGGCGGGCCGGCUCGGAGCGGGGAAGACAAGUAUAGGCAAUGGAGGAGUGAGCUUCUGGGGAAUGGGUUUUUGCAAGUGGGAAUGAGCAGAAACUCCAUAGCUCAAGCUCAGCUCAUCCUCAACAUGUUCCCUCCCGGUCAUGGCUAUAGCCUUGUACAAGGAGAUGGAACCCUAAGGCUUGGGUGGAAGGAGACCAGCUUGUACACUGCUUCUGCAUGGACUUCACCUGCACCAAAUUCUUGA